CAAUAUUGAAUAUAGAAAUAUCCAUAACAAAUAGUCACAUAUGGAUAACCAAUAUCAACACCCUUCUCCUCCUCCACCUCCUCAUGACGUGGCGGUGGUGGUUGUUCCGUUACCGGCACAAGGCCACAUCAACCAACUCUUCCACCUUUCCCGCCUUAUCGUGGCCUACGACAUCCCGGUCCACAUCGUAGGAACCACAAUCCACAACCACCAAGCCAAAGCUAGACUCCAAGGAUGGGAUCCAAACUCAAUCCCAAACAUACACUUCCAUAAUUUCACAAUCCCAUCUUUUCCUUCCCCACCUCCAAAUCCAUCUCUCCAACAAACCUUCCCUUCUCAUCUCCUUCCUUCUUUCCGCGCAACUAGCCAUCUUCGCCACCCCACCGCGGCUCUCCUGCGCCGUCUCUCGUCCCAAACCCGAAGAGUCGUGGUAAUCCACGACUCGCUAAUGGCGUCAGUUGUGCAAGACGUUGUUUCUAUUCAAAACGCUGAGUCAUACACUUUUCACAGCGUUUCGGCUUUUGCUAUCUUCUUAUUUUAUUACGACGGCAUGAAAAAAACGACGUCUUUGCUCGAAGUAGAAGAGAGUGUCGAGAAUAUCCCGAAGGAUAUUCCUUCUCUGGAAGGCUGUAUGAACUCCGAGAUUCUGGAGUUCAUAGCCGGACAGUACGAGUUCAAUAAAUUGAACUCGGGUAAUCUCUACAACACGAGUCGUAUGUUGGAGAGACCUUACAUGAAUUUACUUGAUAGGAUUUUACCUAACAAGAAACACUGGGCAGUUGGGCCUUUUAAUCCGGUGUCGUUUUUGUCAAACGACAGACACGUGUGUUUAAAGUGGUUAGACAAGCAAGAACCGAAUUCAGUCAUUUAUGUGUCGUUUGGGACCACAACAGCUUUCACAGACGAACAAAUCUCAGAAUUGGCUUUUGGAUUACAAAAAAGUAACCAAAAAUUCAUUUGGGUACUUAGAGAAGCAGACAAAGGUAACGUUUUUGAGGCAGUGAAAAAGUUACAACUCCCAAAAGGGUACGAAGAGAGAGUGAGAAAUUUUGGGUUAGUUGUAAGAGAGUGGGCGCCCCAAUUGGAAAUUUUGGGGCACCCAUCAACAGGUGGGUUUUUAAGCCAUUGUGGUUGGAACUCGUGCGUGGAGAGCAUAACUAUGGGAGUGCCCAUAGGAACUUGGCCUAUGCAUUCUGACCAACCGAGAAAUGCGGUUCUGGUAACGAAGUUGUUGAGGAUUGGAGUUGUGGUUAGAGAGUGGUCCAAGCGUGAUGACGUGGCGAGAUCUGACACGGUGGCAUGUGGGGUCAGAAGAUUGAUGGCUUCGGAUGAAGGGGUUGAGAUGAGAAAGAGAGCGGCGGAGCUUGGUGGGGCCCUCCGACGGUCCAUGGCGGAAGGUGGAAGUUCUCGUAAGGAGUUGGACUGUUUUAUUGCCCAUAUUUCUAGGUAAGAGGACACGUCAGCUAUGCUACUCAUCAAUAUAUUAUAUUUUAAUUAUUAGUAUUUAUAUAUGUAUUGUUUCUUUUUUCUAUUAAAAAAAGAGAUAAUUUAUGUAUUGUUUUUUCUUUUUUUUUGAUAGAUUAUGUAUUGUUAUUUUGAAUAUGCAAGUGGAAGUGGAUUUAGUGUAAAAGUUUCUUGUAUUGGAUAAGGAAUUAUGUAUGAAGCUAAAUCUCACAUAAUAUUCUCAUAGUGAAUGUUUAUUAUUUUAUUUUUAUUUUUAAA